CAUACGCAUGCUUUACUAAUCCCUAAAUGUCUGCGGAAGAAUCUCUAAUUCUUAAUUUCAACAUCAACUUAAUGUUUAAACAAAAAUUGGUACCAAUGAAUGUAUUGGUAUUGUAUUUAUCCCAAUCUGCCUCCACAUUCAUAUUUUCACAUAUUUUGUGAAAACCCAGACUACCCUUCCAUGAACAUGAGGAAUCAGACAUUGCUGAAUGAGUUCAUUCUACGGGGAAUACCUCAGACAGAGGGACUGGAGGCUGUACUCUGUGCUGUCUUCUCAUUCAUCUACCUCUUCAACCUACUUGGAAACUUACUCAUCCUUGUAGCCAUUGUUUCUUCCUCUACCCUUCACACGCCUAUGUAUUUCUUCUUGGGACUCUUGUCUAUUUUUGACAUAUUGUUCCCAUCUGUAACAUGUCCCAAGAUGCUAUUGUAUCUCUCUGGCCAGAGCCCAGUCAUUUCUUACAAGGGAUGUGCUUCACAGCUCUACUUCUAUCACUUAUUGGGUUCUGCUGAAGGCUGCCUCUAUUCUGUAAUGUCCUAUGAUCACUUUGUUGCCAUAUGUCACCCACUGAGAUAUAUGCUCAUCAUGAAGCCUAGAGUCUGUGUCAGCCUGGUCGUGGUAGCCGGGUUGGUGGGUUGUCUUCACGCCACCAUUCUGACCUCCUUUACCUUUCAGUUGUCCUACUGUGGCCCCAAUCAGGUGGACUACUUCUUCUGUGACAUUCCUGCUGUUUUACCCCUGGCUUGCACUGACAGUGCCCUGGCCCAGAGGGUGGGUUCCAUAAAUGUUGGCUUUCUGGCUUUAACACUUUUGAUCAGUGUCUGUGUCUGCUAUACUCGCAUCGGGAUUGCCAUAUUGAGAAUCCGUUCAGCAGAGGGCAGGCAGAAAGCCUUCUCCACCUGCAGUGCUCACCUCAUUGCAAUCCUCUGUGCCUAUGGACCUGUAAUCAUCAUCUAUCUGAAGUCCACACCCAACCCCUUGCUUGGUGCCAUGGUGCAAAUAUUAAAUAAUAUUGUCUCACCCAUGCUGAACUCGUUAAUCUAUUCCUUAAGGAACAAGGAAGUGAAAAGGUCCCUGAAAAGAGUAUUCCGAAAUGUUUUACUUACUGUCUGUGAAUAAAUUAUGAGAUAUUAUUGGGAAUAAAUGUUAUAAUUAACAUUAUUCUUUGUCUCUUAAUUCUGGAUAAGGAAUCCAAAGGGCAUAGCAAGCACUUGGAGACAGAUUUCUUGUCUCUAUAAUGGGUAGCCAACUCUUCCUGGUUGAGGACAGAGAGGAUCUGUAGCAGUCCAAGAAGUACCCUUCAAUAGUUCCUCUCUGUAUAAAUCAACAUUCAAUUUUACCUUAUUUUUUUGCUCCAAUUAAAAUGUAAUUGUUCCUUUUUUUCUGUGUAUAAGCAUUUCAGUUCUUCCAUCUUGCGAAGAAGGAGGUUAGCUAACAUUCAUAGAGCAUGGUCUGUCUUCUGGGCAUUGUGAUGAGCAUUUCACAUACAUCAUCUUAUUAAAUCUUCACCCCUAAAAUGUAGAUUUUACGUAACGUAGAAAAGAGUUUUGAGGAUUAAAGUCUUCAAAUAGUGAACCCAAUGUUACACAUUAAGCAUCAAAUCAGACCUCAAACUCAGCUCCAGUUAACUCCAAAUCACAUCCCUGCUAUAGAUUCCUGUACCACAUAGCUACCCUAAGUGACCUGCAUGGCAAUUUACUCAUCCUAAUUACUUCUCUCAUGAUACAAAUAAGUUGUUCGAUAAAUAACUGGUAAAAUA